AUGGCGUCUCCGAAGCCCCAUGCUUCUGUGUCUGAAGAGUUGAGUGAAGUGCGAGUGUUGGACUCAAAUGAGCCGCUUGUCACGGCCUCCUCUUCUGUGCCGUCUUCAAGUAGUGCGCGAGUGUUGGACUCAAUGGAGCCGCUUGUGCCUACUACUACGCAAGUGCAAGUGUUGGACUCAAAUGAGCCGCUUGUCACGGCCUCUUCUGCGCCGUCUUCAAGUAGUGCGCGAGUGUUGGACUCAAUAGAGCCGCUUGUGCCUACUACUACGCAAGUGCAAGUGUUGGAUUCAAAUGAGCCACUUGUGCUCCCGUGUGUGCGAUCCUCGGUCCUUGACGAACCGGUUGCUGGUCCUAGUGGGGUGACUGGUCCCAGUGGAGCAGCUGGUUCUUGUGGUAGCCUAUCAGCUAUAACUAGUUCUUCGGAGGACGAGGGCGAGGAAUUUGCUGCUGCGAUGCCCAGACUAACCGGGUCAUCUGGCAGAAGGCUUAAUCCUUACUCGGAUGAGUUAAGAUCCAUGUGGAACUGGAGAAAAAUCUUCUCCAAAUUGGGUACACGCGAACAGUGUAUUCAGUUUGCGGAGGAGAGAGGACUCAUCCCAGUAGACAAAAUCUGCAGAUACUACCGGAAGUCAAUGAUUUUGACAAAAUCAUCAGGGCAAGUUGGAAAAUUUAGAUGCCGGAAAAGCAACUGCCGCACUAAAACAGUCUCCCGUUCUAUUGGGACCUGGUUUGAGAACGCACACUUGUCCCUCACUUUAAUUUUUCAAAUGAUGUAUGCAUUUUGUGAGGGACUAUCUUACCACCAAACAAGGAAGGAGCUAGCCUGUGAUGACGGCCCAGUAGUUUCAGCCAGAACUGUGGCUGACUGGUUCAGUUAUUGCAGGGAAACAAUUUCCAUUUUUGAAUUAGAAAAUCAAAGGGCCCAAGGGAAGAUAGGGGGCCCUAAUAAAGUGGUUCAAAUAGAUGAGUCUAAAUUUGGAAAAAGGAAAUAUAACCGUGGGAGACACAUUGAAGGACAUUGGGUGAUUGGCAUGAUCGAAGAUGGCAAUGACGAUCUGCGGCUUGAGGUGUGUCCUGAUAAUAAAAGGUCUGCGGACAUAUUGGUGCCACUCAUAAAAAAACAUGUUCAGGAAGGCUCCAUCAUUCACACAGAUUAUUGGAAAGCAUAUCUGAGCCUUCCUGAGCAUGGAUAUAUUCAUAAAAGAGUAAAUCAUAGCGAACCAACUGAGAAAUUUGUGGCACCAGACGGGACACACACGCAGCGCAUUGAGAGCCAGUGGAGAGGUUUAAAAAAACAAUUUAGACAACAACAAAACAAGCUUAAUUUUACGGAUUGGUUGUGCGAGUACUCGUGGAGAAGAAAAAUAAUGACAAACCAUUUAGAUCCAUUUGAAGAGCUAAUACGUGCAAUUAAACAUUUAUAUAAAAUAAAAUAA